UUGUAUAUUACAAUGCAUUAUAUAUUAUUGCCUGCCACCACGACCUAGGUGCUACUGUUUCUCAUAACAGUUAGUGUUUACCAGUUCUAUUAGCACUAGCUAGUAAUACUCAAGUUGUUCGUCAUGGAAGAAACCAACUUGUCAAAAACGAUCACUCUCCGUCCAUUUAGGCUAUCCGACGCUGAUGAUCUCAUCACAUACGGGGGCGAUGAGCAAGUGACGCGUGUCCUCCGCGGCUGGAAGACGUUGACAACCAGAGAUGAGGCGUUGACUUUCAUAAAGGAUGUUUGCAUCCCCCACCCUUGGCGCCGGUCAAUAUGCAUGGAUGACCGUUCUAUCGGGUUCGUGAGCAUGUAUCCAGGAUCAGGCAAUGAUAGCUACAGGGCAGACAUGGGGUAUGCUAUAGCUGCAAAGUACUGGGGCCAAGGGAUAACCACCAAGGCAGUUAAGAUGGCCCUGUCUCAAGUUUUCAAAGACUACCCUGAUUUGGUGAGGCUGCAGUCUUUUGUGGAUGUAGAGAAUAAGGCCUGCCAGAGAGUUUUAGAGAAAGCUGGGUUUCAGAGGGAGGGUGUGUUGAGGAAAUAUCUUUAUUUUAAGGGAAGUAUUAAGGAUAUGGUUGUCUAUAGUUUUCUCUCAACAGAUUAGAUUAAUUAGCCUAAUGAUCCCAGAGUCAAGGCAAUGGAAUAAUUGGCCUUGUAUGCUAAAUGCCUCUACAUUUUACAUUUACAAUAAUGUCCUUUUCAAAAAUAUGUUUGUUAUGAUUUGCCCUUUUUUC